AUGGAAGGGCUCUACAAAACAGUUCCUCAACACACGUAUAGUUGGUCGCAAGGCAAAGCGACCUUCUACAAGUAUCAAGGCUUCUGGAACGUUCAAAAUUUCCCUGAAAAAACAAUUUUGGCUCAAAGCUAUCAGGCACAACCAAGUGACAUACUAUUGUGCAGUUGCCCCAAAACUGGCACAACUUGGCUGAAGGCCUUGAGUUUUGCCAUUUUAACCCGUGAAAAGUUUGAUCAUGCAUCAGCCAGCCCUUUGCUAACAACCUUGCCUCAUGAUUGCGUCCUGUUUCUAGAGAACCACCUUGCAAAAAUCAAAGAAAACCCCUCGGACCUCCCCCUCCUGGCUACGCACCUUCCAUAUUCUUCUUUGCCAAAAUCAGUCAUAGCUUCAAACUGCAAGAUUGUUUAUAUAUACAGGAACAUAAAAGACGUCCUAGUUUCCUACUAUCAUUUCGUUCGAGAACUAGUAAACUUGUCUGUUGAAGAUGCGCCAUUUGAGGAGGCGUUUGACGAUUUUUGUCAAGGCAUUUCAUCUUUUGGACCAUACUGGGAUCAUAUCCUGGAAUACUGGAAAGCAAGCCAGGAAAGGCCAGACAGAUUUCUUUUCUUGAAAUAUGAGGAUUUGAAAAAGGAUGCUUCAUGCAAUGUGAAACAGCUUGCCGAGUUUUUAGGAUGUCCUUUCUCGGUUGAAGAAGAGAAAGCAGGCGUGCUCGAAAACAUUAUAAAUCUGUGCAGUUUUGAUAGUCUGAGCAACUUAGAAGUGAAUAAAAGCGGGACGUAUCAAGCGGAUGAAGUUUCUGGUGUAGAACACCGACUCUUUUUCAGGAAGGCCAAGGAUGGAGAUUGGGAAAACUACUUCACAGAUGAGAUGAAAGAAAAGAUCGACAAACUGAUUGAUGAAAAAAUGAGUGGAACUGGUUUAGUUCUGAAAUGA